CCAUUGGAACAGAGGGGCCAGUGCCAUAAACAUACAGACAAUCCCACCGAGAGACGAACAGAAACCACGUCGCUUAUGCAAACUGCAGAAGCUUUGCAGACAUUUCAGGCUAUUCCUUUUCUUUUCCACUCAAUAAUAACCAAAUUCAAACAGUCACCAAACGGGGUGCAGCAGCUUCUUCAAUCUCGGUUGCCUUUUCGACGUGUUUUUUUGUUUCCAAUGUCGCGUUCAUGUGAUUUGCUGGAAAAACUUUGAGUCUGAAGUCACUGAUUUCACUGUAUGCGGAUUACCUGGGCCGAAGAGGAGUUUCUACCCCUGAAAACGGAGAACGGGAUGUAGCGCAGGAAAAACGCAUCUACUCAUCCUACUCCUCCUCAUCCUCCUUGUUCUCCUUUUCUCUGGACAACUUUGGGAAUGGGCCAGUGCCUUGCCUGGGUGCAUCUCUCUGCCCGGUGGUGUGGCUGGCGUCGUGCGAGAGUGAGAAGGGCAGCGGGUAGGUCAUAGAGCCUCCCUACCCCUCUUGGUCACUCGUGUUGCCCUCAAGUGACUUUUGGCCUUUGACUGAGCCGCGACCCCGCCUUGUCCAGCCAUGCCCUUCCGGCUGAGACUGAGGCGCACGCGGCGCUACAAUGUCCUGAGCAAGAACUACUUUGUAACACGAAUCCGGCUGCUGGACAACAAUGUGAUUGAAUGCACCCUGUCAGUGGAGAGUACGGGACAGGAAUGUUUGGAGGCGGUGGCCCAGAGGCUGGAGCUGCGGGAGACCCAUUACUUUGGACUGUGGUUCCAGGGAAAGACCCAGACACCGGCCCAACGCUGGGUAGAACUGGAGAAACCCCUCAAGAAACAGCUGGACAAGUUUGGCAAUGAGCCGCAGCUGUUCUUUGGAGUCAUGUUCUAUGUUCCUAAUGUUUCCCGUCUGGAACAAGAGGCCACCAGGUAUCAGUAUUAUCUGCAGGUGAAGAAGGAGGUGCUGGAUGGACGCCUGCAGUGUACUGUGGAGCGAGGCAUCAGACUAGCUGGGCUAGCAGUACAAGCUGACUUUGGAGACUUCACCCACUUCCCAUCUCAGGACUUCCUCAGAGAGUAUGUGCUCUUCCCAGUGAACUGGCCUAAUGGGGAUGAAGUUCUAGAGGAGUGGACCAAGAAAGUUGCUGAGGAGCAUAAAAGCCACUGUGGAAGGCCGCCAGCUGAAGCUGAACUUUUGUACAUCAAAGAGGUUGAAAAACUGGACGGUUUUGGCCAGGAGAGUUUUCCUGCAAAGGACAACUACACUAAUGAUAUUUUCAUCGGCAUGUCUUUUGUUGGGGUGUUCGUCAAACACAGAAACGGCAGAUCCAUCAUGCUCCACAAGUGGAAGGACAUCGGUACCAUAGCACACAACAAAUCAGCUAUCACAGUGGAGAUAACAAGCAGAGACGACACCAUCAAUUUUCACAUGGAGGAUAUGGAAAUGGCCAAGUACAUUGCUCGUCUUUUCACGGCCAGACACAAGUUCUACAAACAAAACAAAAUCUGCACAGAACCCACUCACUCUCCUGCACCCAUCAGAAGGAGACCCACAUGGAACCAUCGCUUGUCUCUGCCACGGCCCCAGUCCUGCAACUUCCAGUCCGUGCAUGAGCAUUACCAGGACAUGCAGAGCUCUCAAGACAGCAUCUUCCAUGAAGACUCUUACUACAAGUCGGAGACCAGUCUUGAUCUUACUUUUAGAAACGGGACCGUUCCCAAUGGAAGCAUGUACAGCAGCCCGAGUUUGAGCUCCCUCAAUCGUUCUCAGACCUUCAUCCCGCCUUCGCCCAUGUCGUCCAACCUCAGCAUCCCAGGCAGUGAGCUUAUGCGUCCCGACUACAUCCCAAGUCACCGCCACAGCGCCAUCAUCGCUCCGUCGUACCGGCCCACACCUGAAUACGAAGUGGUCAUGCGGCAAAAGCGCAGGAUGGUCCCUGCUCACCAUGACCUCCACAGCCAGUCACUGCGCAGUCUGAACAUCAGCAACUCCUGUGCGUAUCGCAAACCAGAGGCUCUGGUGUACAGCCAGCCAGAAAUGAGGGAGAGGGGCCCCUAUCAUGGCCCGGGCCCCAACCCUGGACCUUACACCCCACAGAUCAGCUACAGUAAGCCAGUUUCUCACGGGCACCAUUUGGGAGGGCCAGCCAGUUGCCAGGGCCCCUGCCACUCCCCCUGCACUAAUGGUGUUGGAGACAGCAGUGGAGAUGUUGGAAGCUCCAUCUCCCACACUGUUAGCACACCAGAGCUUGCAAACACCAAACAACAAGGAGCCAACAUGGGGAAUUAUACAACUACUGCUAAUAUGUUAAGAAACCACAUCUCCCGCCCUCCACCACCUUAUCCUUCCAGCUCUUUCCGGCCAGCGACCAGCACGCCGGACCUCGCCAGCCACCGGCAUCGCUGCAUUGGGGGCAGCAGCCCAGAACUGGUUACCCGUAUGGUGCAGCUGUCAGUGAAGACUUUUCAGCCAGACAGCUCAGCUGUUGUUCAUCAGUCCCUGCAGGAGGUUAGUGAACCUCUAACCACAGGUGCUAAGCACCGGUCUGCCCUGGACAAGAGGCACAGCAUGGAGUUCAUCAGCAGUAUGAGGGGAGGUGGCAUUGAAGGCUUGGCGAUGAAAGCUGUGAACACUGCUCUUCAUCGGAGGAAUACUCUCAGAGAGCAAGUAAUGCCAUCCCAGCCUCAGCCGCAGCCUCAGCCGCAACCCCCACCACCCCCCCAGCAGCCAAAGGAGCUUCCUAUACAGAAACCAGUCCAGAAUGCUGCUGAGGCUGCAGUAGCACCACCUGCACCAGUAGCUUACCAGCAUCAAAAGACUAUUUCCAAUGCUACCAUGCUUAUACAUAGCAGUGAGAGUGAAGAAGAGGAGGAGGAAGAGGAGAGGCCUGAGCUGGAUGUUCAAAUCCCAGGACUCAAUGAGAACAUUAGCAUCAGCGCUCAGCUCCAGGCGGCUCUGGCUAAACUGCCUAACAAACCCCCUCCAGAAUACCCGGGCCCACCUCGGAAUCCUGCCAGCGCUCCCAUCCGUGCUCCCAGUCACAGAGCCGCUCAUCACCACAACCAUGAUCAGGCACCACACUUCGAUCAAGGACCUACGGACCACGGUGUUGGCGGGCCUGUGGCUGGAGGUGGGGCAGGUGGCGGAGGGACACUGACCAGGGGGGAUCAGGGUGCAGUGAACGGGGCGGUAUUAGGUCCAUCCAUUUCAGAACCAGACCUGACCAGCGUAAAGGAGAGGGUGAGGAAGGAGCCGGUGAAAGAGAGACCUGUGUCUGAGAUGUUCUCUUUGGAGGACAGUAUCGUGGAGAGGGAGAUUGCUCAAAGGACGCUGGAAAGACAGAAGAUGUCGGUGGACUCCAUGAGGAGGCCGCUGAUGAUGGCGGCGCUCAACGGCCUUUACGUGGCGAGAAUGCCCGUCGCUAAGAAUCAAGGGGAGGAAGCUGCCAAGUCGACAUCAGACGAAAGGUGUGAAACUUUAGAGCUGAAGCUGGAGGAGGACCGGGUCUUCACAGAGUACGAGCAGGUGCCCAAGAAGAGGGCCGACUGCCUUCUCACCACAGCGACUUUGCCUGAAAACGCAGAGAGAAAUCGCUUCCGCGACGUCGUCCCGUAUGAGGAGAAUCGGGUGGAGCUGGUACCCAACAAAGAGAACAACACAGGCUACAUUAAUGCCUCACAUAUCAAGGUAAUGAUUAGAGGUGAGGAGUGGCACUACAUUGCCACCCAGGGUCCUCUGGCCAACACCUGUGGAGACUUCUGGCAGAUGAUCUGGGAACAGGGCGUCAAUGUCAUCGCCAUGGUUACUGCAGAGGAGGAGGGUGGCAGGUCCAAGAGUCACCGCUACUGGCCCAAACUGGGCUCAAAGCACAACUCAGCCACUUACGGCAAGUUCAAGGUAACCACCAAGUUUCGCACCGAGUACAACUGCUACGCCACCACAGGACUGAAAGUCAAACACCUGCUGUCGGGCCAAGAGAGGACAGUUUGGCACCUGCAGUACACUGACUGGCCUGAGCAAGGGUGUCCUGAAUAUGUUCCUGGGUUUCUCUCCUAUUUAGAACAGAUUCAGUCUGUGAGGAGGCACACCAACUCUAUGCUGGAUACCUCAAAGAGCCUUAACCCACCAGUUGUGGUGCAUUGCAGCGCUGGCGUGGGUCGAACCGGCGUGGUGAUUCUCGCUGAGCUCAUGAUCAGCUGCCUGGAGCAUAAUGAGCCAGUGGAAGUUCCUACCAUGCUGUCAGAGCUGAGGCAGCAGAGGAUGCUGAUGGUGCAGACCAUCUCCCAGUAUAAAUUCGUCUACCAGGUGCUCAUCCAGUUUCUCAAAAACUCCCGCCUCAUCUGAGUCUGUUCAGUCUUACAGGAGAUGUACCCUGAUUACGAGAACGGUACUCGCUUUCCUCUUUGUGUACAUAAGUGGGAUUGAAAGCAGAUUGGGAUUGAAAAGUAAAUUCUCUCAAAAAAUGUAAAAGAAUUUAACUGCUCCUUCGUAUCAUAUUCAGAUUUAACUCUUUGUUUCGGCCGCAUCUUUAAUCUGUUUUCUUUUUGUUUUAAGCAUAUAUGUAAAUGCAUUAUUUCCGUGCAAGUCAGGUCAAAAAGCAGCUCAUCGCUGCGAGUGUGAAUGUGGGAGAUUUCUCACCUCCUAUGUGUUUGUAAAAAUUAUUUUAAAAAGCCAGUGUUAGAAGUUAUAAUAUGCUGCAUAAACAGUAAAUGGCAGCAGUAUUAUUAGUUUAAACUACAUUUUCACUCUUGUUUGCCAAAUUGAGUAUAAAUGUUCUUGUGUUUUUUUUUUUUUUUUUAACGUAAUAUUGACAAAUAUUUACUACCACAUUGUAACAAAUGUUUUUAUUUAUUUCUAAUAAGACUGUGGUCACCUUCUCUUCGCCAUUGGCUGGCACGCUGUUCUUUUGAACUCGUCUUAAUCUUUUUUCUCUACUUUUUUAUUAAAAGAUUUCCUGAGAUUUCAUACAUUUUAAUGUAAAGAUUUGCCAGUUAAAAGAUUUUGUUCUAAGCCUAUAAGAAAUCUGCACUGCAAAAAACUGAAAUCUAAAUAAGUCAUUUUUUCUUAAAAUAAUUGAAUUUUUUCUUGAAUUAAGGAGGUAUUUGAGACACUUUGCCAAUAGAA